AUGGGGAAUAUUGCAAGGGUCAAAUUUCCCUUCUCCUCUUCAGUAGCUGAAAUUCCAGUCUUGGUAAUGAUCAUACUCGUCCUUAUACUUCUGCAACUAUAUUUACAUUUCCUAAGUUCUCAAUUACGCAAUGUUUGGGUCGUAGACGAUGAUCAAAAGAAGCUAUCGAGAAACGUUAGUCUUCCGAAAAAGAUUGAUAAUGAGAAGAAACUGUGUAUAGAGGAAGUGAAAGAUGCUAUGGAGAAAUUAGCCGAGAAAAACUUGUGUGAUGAGGAGUUGUUUGAGGAAGAAGUAAGCUUGGAGGAAGUGAGAGAAGCUUUUGAUGUGUUUGAUGAGAACAAAGACGGGUUUAUUGAUGCAGGGGAAGUGCAGAGAGUUCUUUGUGCAUUGGGUUCCGUGGAAACUUCGGAAAAAGAUUGCAAAUCCAUGAUUAAAGCUUUUGAUAGAGAUGGAGAUGAGAAAAUAGAUUUCAAGGAAUUUGUUAAAAUCAUGGAAGACAGCUUCCGCUAAAACAUCGCAAAGAAAACAAAAAACAAAAAACAAAAAAAGUUGCUUGUUUUUUGGGAUUUGGCUUGUUCAAUCCUGCGUGUUUCUUCAUUUUUUUUUUUCUUUUUGCUGCUUCUUCAGUAAAAACUGUUCUUUUUCA